AUGCAGGCCGUGUACGACGCGUUCAAGCAGACGGUGGACUGCUCGCAGCGCAGCCGCAAGGCCGUGGACGACAAGCUCUACUCCAUGAAGCAGAUGUACCAGUUCAUCGCGCAGGUCAAGGACCAGUUCAAGCAGGGCGGGCCCGACAAGGCGCCGUCCCCGUCCUGGUUCGAGCUCACCAAGGAGGAGCGCCGCGUGGUGCGCACGCUGCACCGCGUGCGCAUCCCCGACAUCUCGCUCGAGGUCUACAACGUGUUCGACAGCGUGCUGAGCCCCAGUGCUGUGGCGGCGCGCAAGGCGCUGGAGGGGAGUGUGGCCACCGCACCGGCGACUCAAGGACCAACGACGGGCGCAGGGGCUUCCACCCCGCUCGCGUCGGCUGCUGGGACGCCCAAUGACGACUCGCCGGAGAUCACGCAGGAGAUUCUGGAUGUGAAGCGCAACUGGAGCUAUGACGUGACGCUGCAGCUGGCCAGGGUCUGGAACAACGUGCACAGAGAGAACCCGGCGCUGCGAGGCGCCACGCUCAGUUUGAACGUGUACAACGCCUUCAUGGCGGCUGUGGGGGGAUCGAACCGCUCCAGGAAGGCCGUGGACGACAAGAUGCACUCGAUGAGGGAGAUGUACCGCUUUAUGAAGAACUACGAGACCAAACGGUUAACGACCGGAGAGCCGAAAAUCCCGUGGUUUGACCUGACGAAGCCCGAGCGACGCGCGGUUCGAGCUGCGAACAAGAUCCGCGUGCCAAACUUAGCGCCGGAUGUGUACAACGAGAUCGACAUGCUCAUGACAAGGAUGAAUCAGAUCUCCCCAUCCGACACGCCGAUCGAGUCGGCGUCUACCACCGUGCCGUCCGUGGAUCUGGAAGGCAGCCAGCACAACUCGAGCUUAGCUUCGUCGUCAUUCAUCAUGAGCAGCUGCAACGCUGCCGCGGGCCAACUCCCACAGAACAGCGGGGCGACAGGCGCGAACGGCAACGCUCAGCCUGGCCAGCUCACUUGCGAGUGUGGGGCCAAGCGUCUUCUGGACAUUGCUCCAGCCACCACGACUAUCGGGAACGGCACCGCUCAGUUGCAACCGCAGCAGCAAGUGCAAGGCAGCAGACCUCCCCCCAUCGUCACGGCCCAGGAUGUUCAAAACUACUAUUCAAGCCAGCAAGUCCCGGGUCAAGGCACACCGAAGCGUCAGCGGACAGUUCAAGCGCAGGUUACGACGAACCAAGUGGCUGCCGGAGUUCAAGCGAUGGCCAACGCCGGGAUGGUGGACGCCCAGUCAGCACGCGACUUCAUGGAGCAGAUGCGUGUCUCGCUGGCCCAGGACCGCGAGGAGAGACGACAGCAGCACGCCGAGCAAAUGAGCGCGCUCCGUGAGAUCGCGGCGCUGCUAAAGCAGAGAAGCUAUCGUGAGAUUUGUAUUAGCCGUUACGACGGCACUUCAGGGGAUAUGUCGGAGGAGGAAGAGGCACGCAGCCGCCUCAUCGGCGAGACGGACGUGCUGGCGGCCAUCACCAGCGAGUACCUGGACGAGAAUGCGCCCAAGAAGGACACGGCGGCGGCGACGGUUUGUCUGGGGCGCGUGUUCAUGACGACGUUCCGGUUCCAGUUCGUGCCAGACGAGCAUGAGUACGACCGCGUGCGGCGCCACCUGCUGGAUCGGAGCGAGGAGGAGAUCGAGAGCUUCUUCCUCAUCCCAUUGGGCUGCAUCGCGUCCGUCAAGAAGAAGAAUUCCAUUGUGGAAAUUUUCACCAAAGACCUGCGCCAAUUGUCCUUCCGGUUCGACGUCGUGGAGAUCACCAAGAUCUACUCGGUACUGACGACGUACGUGUUCCCGGAUAAAACCGAGUUUUUAUUCGCGUUCUACCACAGACUGUCGGAAAAUAUGCUGGAGGAAGAGCCGCUGUUGCCCAGUGUGCUGGACUGGGAUGUAUACGACGACCAGGCUGAAUGGGAGCGACAGGGUGUGCUGCUGGACGCGAUGAACUUCCGCUCUUUGGGCCGUAUCCCAUGCAUGACGUGGCUGAAUAUGGCGAAUGGUGCAACGCUGAGCCGAUCUAGCCAGCCAAAGAUCGGAAUGUCGAAGGCCACAUCACCCGCCGAUGAAAACUUGGUUGCUAGUAUUGCGGCGUCGAAUCCGUUACAGGGCCAACUCCAAAUCAUCGACUGCAGGCCGAUGUCCAGCGCACUAGUACGUAGCCUCAUGAAAAAGUUGAGAAACCUCUGCGCGUCACCAUCAUGUGACAAUUUGCGGUGGCUUGGGAGUAUUGAGGACACCAAGUGGCUGGUCUACAUUCGCCAGCUUCUGAAGUCUGGUCUUCAUGUGGCGUCCUUGCUUCGGUCGGGCGAGUCUGUGCUUCUGCACUGCAGUCACGGCUGGGAUCGCACAAGCCAGAUCUCGUCACUCGCCCAGAUAUUCGUGGACCCGUAUUUCCGAACGUGGAAAGGUUUUCAGGUGCUCAUUGAAAAGGAAUGGCUAUCAUUUGGACACCCGUUCCACCUCCGUCAUUCCCACGGCGAGAAAGCGGAUACACAGGAAUCACCCAUCUUCAUUCAGUUUCUGGACUGUGUCUCGCAACUCGUCCGAAUCUACCCAACAUACUUCGAAUUUAAUGAAGGGCUGCUGCUUCUGCUCGCCGAUGCACUGCAUUCAUGCCGCUUCGGGACGUUUUUGUUUGACUGCAAGAAGCACCGACUGGAGGCGAACUUGGAGAACCGAACAGCAUCUGUGUGGACGUGGGUGAACGGCUUCCGUCCGCAGCUUACAGAGCAAACCUUUGAGCCUAAACAGACCCUGAAUCCCCCUCUUCCGGGCUUGCUGAAGCGUAUUGUGCUGUGGGACGCGAUGUUCAUGCGCUGGUCUGGCCAACCACUGGUGCAGGAACCUCCCAUUUCGACCUAUUUCUUUGCCGACAAUGCUCAGCGCACUCCAACGUGGCAACUUCCUCAGGGCACCGUGAACGCCCUGAAUGUCGCGCUUACCCUCAAAUAUCGCGAGGCCCGGCUCAUUCAGGAUCUGGAGGAGCGUAUUGCAGCUUUAGAGGCGAAGGUCAAGGGCCGCAAGGGCUCAAGACACUAG